AUGAAUUCUCACAACCGAAACGUUGCUAUCGUCAGCUCCGUUGCUUACGGUGCUGUGCUCUGCUGCGGCAUGCUCUUCUUCCUUCUCGACACCCGCGGGAAGCCCUUCUACAUGCACCCAUCCACAUCCGUCGCAGUAUUCUCCGUGUUCUGGUUCUCUUUUGCUCCAUCGAUUCUCUUUAUUGGCGCGACGAUCCCGUGGCUAUGCGCGGCGUAUGACAGCGAAGUCGCCGCGCUAGUGUUCGCCAUUGUGCCAGGCUGCAUCUUCGUGCUGCUCGGGGUGGUUUGGCUCGUCGUGUAUCUUUUCCACGAGCGUAACCCUCACUUCGUGAGGGCGCAGCACAACUCGUUGUGGGGCGGCAACAUAGCGAACUUGGAAGCCGCGAUUGGCGACUCCGCUGCUCGCCGCUAUCUGUAUACUGCUGCAGACCCUGCCAUGGCAGGUGAAGCCAAGGCUUUCAGCGUUGCCGACAGCGCGCUGCCUCGCCCGUACGGUGCGUGGACGGCAAGUGUCAGUGCCUCUGGGUUUGAGGACGUGGAUGCCGCGAUCACACCGGCCUCGCAGUGGCUAGGUUACAACUCCAGUCACGACAACAACAUCGUGAGGGGCGCCGGAGGGCGGGCAGCUGACCACGCGUCUUCUAGUUGGUACAGGGGACCGCUAGUUCUUCCCACCUACUCCGUUGGUCAGUUGGAGCCCCCUUCUCUUGUACAGGAGCGCAGCCUAGGAACUCAUUAUGUUGCCUAG